AAAUUCGAAUUGUUUUUCGAAUAGUGUUCUUGCAGUUGUGUUUUUAUAAUUUGGAGAAGUCGAAGUUGCCACAAUUUUUUAUUUGAAGCUUAAUGUGUGUGUUAGCUUUAUGUGAACGGUUGCAGAUUUUUUGAUAAUGGAAUCUGAUAGAGGGGCAUAGUUUGCUGUCUGUUUGCUGCGAAGGUUAUGCGAAGAACAUUCAUUGUUAUUGAAUUAUUUAACUACGCUGUGCGAGCAUAUCUGUAGAUGAAUAACGCCAUAGCAGAAGAGAAGAAAGCGAAAAGCAUGACACCCACUCCGGAAUCGUCUUCUGUUGUUGCUCCUGCCAGCGCAGCUACAGAACCGGGACCCAGCGAAUCAGCCAAGCCCGCCGCAGUGGAUAAUGCAGCUACAGCCACAACAACCUCCGUCAAACCUUCCGCUAAGCGAAGCGAAACAGACUCCACCAGCCGCACCGACGAAGGUUGGAAGACUCGCCGUUUAUCCGCUGAUUUCCGCACCAAAUACCCGGAUCGUAAAUAUCCUGAUGUGAAAGCGCCAUCACCCACGACGACCGGGACAGCCCCGAUCGCGUCGUCCGCCGAGCGCUACCAGAAUGCCGUGAAUAUUCUUAAGGAUCUGGAGAGCGAGCAGACGGAGACAGUGCUUCCCGUGGCGGAUACGCCCGAGUACGCGGCCGUCCUCAGCCGGAUGGAUCCGGCCAAGAUGAGCCCGCGGGAGUGUAAGGCCUUCCCCGAGGUGCAGCCGUCGGAUGCGGAGGCGGUGCAGCAUUAUCUGCAGCUGCGCAAUGCGGUGCUGCAAGUGUGGCAUCAGAAUUCCAAACGUCUCCUGGAACCGGAUUUCGUGCUGGAGCAACUGGUGAAACUGGAGGAAUACGCGUCAAAGAAGGAUGACGAAGAGUGGAGGCACCGUGUGGAGAAUAUACUAGUGCUGUUGGACCGGAUGUGCGUGAUCAACUAUGGCUUGGUUAGGCCUGUUAUCAUGAACAAAUACCGCAAACAAGCCAACUACGGGCAUGCUGUCGUCGUGGUGGGUGCCGGGAUCGCGGGACUGACAGCCGCCCGUAAGCUGAAGCAGUGGGGCUUCGAUGUCGUCGUACUGGAGGGACGCUCACGAGCUGGCGGACGGGUGCACACGUGGACGGCCUCCAAGGUCCGUCCCGAGCCGCGAGCGGAAAUGGGAGCGAUGAUCAUCACGGGUUUGGAAGGCAAUCCGCUUUACACCAUGUUACAUCAGCAGAUGGGACUGGAAUUGGAACGAAUCGGCCCCAGAUGCCCCCUUUUUAACAGCCAGGGCAAUCCUGUACCAAAGUUCACAGACGAAGUAUUGGAAGUGGAGUUCAACACUCUUCUUUCCGCUGCAUCCAAGAACGGCCGAGCUGCUCCUCCCGGCAGUCUAAAGAUCCCCCCAAGUCUCGGCGAAAGUCUAACUCUAAUGCUAAAACGCGAAGAGCUCGACUGCCUGCGUCGCGCACGUGAAUACAAGGAAAAUCAGAUAGAUAUUAUCAAGACGCUCAAGAUGCUCUACCGCGAUCGAAAGACCUUGACGGCCAAACUGACCACCGACAAGGAGAAGUACAUGAAGGCCAAGGUGGCCAUGACCGCUCUUAACAACAGCGAAACACAGUGGGCUUACCGGACUUCACAGUCGGACAUGUUGAUCACCGCCGACAAACUGGCCGAUCUCAAUGAGAAGCUGAAAAUGCUGGACAGCAAGAUCAAGUUAGCCGUCAAAAAUCAGCCGCCGACGCGCUAUCUGGAUACCGAAGGUCGCGCCAUCAUCGGAUGGCAUGAAGCUAAUUUGGAAUUCGCCAAUGCCAAUCAUUUGGACUGUUUGUCGUUACAGCACUGGGAUCAAGACGAUGAAUAUGAACUACCGGGUGGACAUUUCAGCGUGCCGGCGGGGCUAUCUCACCUCGUGGAUGCUCUGUGUAACGGUCUGCAGGUGUCGUACGACUGCAGUGUGUGCUCCAUUGAAGUGGAGAACGGAAAGGGUCGCGUGAGCUAUUUCCAUCAUUGCCAGAAAAUGGUGAGAGACAGCGUAUCCGCCGUGCUCUGCACGGUCCCUCUGGGUGUUCUAAAGCGCUCCAUGGCCAACACCACGGAACCGAUUGGACGUUUAAAAGGCGUGGUGCAUUUCCUGCCAUCCUUACCCGAUGAGAAGAUCCGGGCGAUUGAGUCCAUGGGCUACGGCGUACUGAACAAAGUCAUCCUGACGUACAAGACCAAAUUCUGGCAGACCAAACGCGCCCUCUUCGGCUUCGUCAACGAGGAUGUGCAGCGGCGCGGGGAGUUCUUCCUCUUCUGGUCGUUGUACGAUCAUCCCACCCUGGUGGUGCUGAUUGCCGGGGAAGCGGCCGUUGCCCUGCAGGAGCGCUGCAGUAAGGAGGAAGUGGUGGCAGCUUGUCAAGCGACGUUGAAGAAGAUCUUCGGGGAUGACAUUGAGGAGCCGGUCGAAUCGGUGGUGACGAAAUGGGGCGAGGAUCUGUGGAGUUGUGGAUCGUAUAGUAGUGUCGGGCCCGGCGCGUCGGGUGCGAAUUACGAUGUGUUGGCGGAACCGUUGCCCAAUGAGGAGGAGCCGGUGGUGUUCUUUGCCGGGGAGCAUACGAUCCGAAACUAUCCCGCUACGGUGCAUGGCGCCGUUUUGAGUGGGCUGCGAGAGGCGACGAGGAUUGCCGAUACGCUGGAUAAAUUGUGGUACAUGGAGGAUGCAGCGUCGUAGAUCUCGCUGUUGCUUUUUUUGUUGAAUAUGUUUUAGCAGCGUUGCUUUAACCAUGUUUUGUUACGUAUUGGUAUUUGUUGUAGUAUUUGUGGUUUUUUUCCUUUGGUAACUAUAAUUCAACAUGACACAUUAUCAUGUGCCCUUGUACGGAUUACAGUUAAUUUGCAUGAAUCGAAAACUCAUGGAAUAUCAUUUUGAUAGUGCACAAUAUUAUUUGUAGUGCACAGCUGCAAAUAACCCGUACCAGUUCUGCAUUGAUAUUUGGAGGGAGCAAUGUGGGAUCCUAUCGAUCUAUCGUAUUAAAAGUUUA